UCUACGACCUAGCAUCAACACUUGGAACAGCCGCAUUAGGUACCUAAGUAGUUUGGGGAACCAGGUGGAGGAGUCCUGCAUAACGCUCCCAGCGCCUUCCAAACUGGCACACUCAACGUCUCUUGUACGCUCGGCGCUUCGGCGGUCAUCGGUACUCACGGGAAUAACAUCAUCGAUGCCCCGCUCCAGCGGCCCGGUCGACUCCCCCGCUCGGCUGUCCCUGAUCUCCCGUCACCUCGCCCCCGAUUACCCACUCAACACUCCUUAUACCGUCGAGAGACACCCGGACAACAUCGACACCUCUCUCUUGCCCAAGACACAAACCCGCGCCCUCACCACCGACACCACUCCAGCCAACAUGUCUACCCAGCCUGAGCACCCGACCCUCCUUAUUCCCGGCCCCAUCGAGUUCGACGAUGCUGUCCUCAACUCCAUGAGCCACUACAGCGAGAGCCAUGUCGGGCCUGGCUUUGUUGCUGUCUUCGGCGAGACCCUGUCGAUGCUGCGCAAGCUGUUCCAGACCACGGACCCCUCCGCUCAGCCUUUCGUCCUGUCCGGCUCCGGUACCCUAGGCUGGGAUCUCGUUGCCGCCAACCUGAUCGAGCCUGGUGAGGAUGCGCUCGUGCUUAGCACCGGUUACUUUGGCGAUGGCUUCGCCGACUGCUUGAAGGUCUACGGCGCCAACGUCACCCAGAUCUCUGCCGAGCCCGGCAGCCGCCCUCAGCUCCCUGAGAUUGAGAAGGCUCUUUCGGAGAAGAAGUACAAGCUCCUCACCGUCACUCACGUCGAUACCUCUACUGGUGUCCUCAGCGAGCUCAAGAAUCUUUCCGAGCUCGUCCACAGGGUUUCCCCCGACACCCUCGUCAUCGUCGAUGGUGUCUGCUCCGUCGCCUGUGAGGAGAUUGACUUUGAUGCCUGGAAGCUCGACGGUGUUGUCACUGCCUCCCAGAAAGCCAUCGGCUGCCCUGCCGGUCUCUCUAUCUCCAUGUUCAGCGGUCGCGCCAUCCAGGCCUUCCAGAACCGCCAGACCCCACCUACCUCUUACUUUGCUUCAAUGAAGAACUGGCUUGCCAUCAUGCAGAACUACGAGGCCAAGAAGCCCUCUUACUUCGCCACUCCUUCUCCCCAGCUCGUUCGCGCCCUCCAUACCGCCCUUACCCAGAUCGUCGCCCAGGGUGUCAAGGAAAGGUUCGCGGCCCACAAGGCGGCUUCGGACAAGAUCAAGGCGGCCGUUGCUGCUCUCGGCCUCAAGCAGGUCGCCGCCAACCCUGAUGACCAGGCCCACGGCAUGACCGCCAUCUACCUUCCCGAGACCGUCAAGGGCGCUGAGCUCCUCCCCAAGCUCGCUUCGAGGGGCGUUGUGUUCGCCGGUGGCAUCCACAAGGCCAUCGCGGCCAAGUACAUCCGUUUUGGCCACAUGGGCGUCAGUGUGUUGGAUCCUAGCAGAGGCCAUGUCGAGAAGGCCAUCAAGGCUCUCGAGGAGGGUCUGUCCGAGUGCGGUUAUCAAAAGGCUUAGAAGUGGGGUGUAGUGUAGGAACGUGGUGUAUAUAAAAAGCCGGAGUCAUUUUGGAGUCACGAUAUACCAUCCUGGAUUUUGUUGAUUGAAGAAGAGGUCCCUGAUGGAUCUGCAAGCGGAUUUGAAUAUAUGAAACUGUGAAGACUGCCUAACAAAGUUGCAGAGUGCAGUGACGUGCUGGGGGUGCAAGAGGGCCGUGUAGAAGAAAGGAACACCCCCUUCCCCACAUUGUUGCGAAUGGAGUCUCGUCCCUCAAUGGUAACCCUUGCAUGA